GUCACUGAUGCUGAGUCAAACUUUCUGUACCCCAAAAAAGCGACAAUCCGCUGACGACCCCGGCCGGGUCUUGAAAGUGGCUCCCAGCACAAGGCUUGCCGAUUGCUCGGAAAUUAGCUUGGAUGGCGUCUCCGACUUCGCACGAGUGUGGGUUUUCUCAGCCAUCACCUCGGUUGGCUUGCUCAUAAUGCUCAUCGUGCCCUUCGUUUGGUGCCCCUUGGCUUGGAUCCGCGUUAGACUGCACAUGAUUCCCGGUGAUGGCUUAAGCUGUUUGAAACAUGAUGGCGAGAACGCUGAAGGUCGCAAACGGGCCGCGCGGGUGGUGCCAGAAGGAAUUGUAGAUGAGUCUCCUACAGGUGCCAAGCCCAGGUGCAACCAAGACUCGAGCGAGCGAGGUGCCGGGGCUGUUGAGGCGGACUUGAAUCGGUCAGAGCCCGAUCUGGCUGCAGCCAAGCGACAUCUGGUGCGUUCGAGUGCAACGGUGGUCACUCGGCGGUUGGGGAUUACACCUGUGCUGGAGCAUAGUGGUAUAGAUCCAGGAGAGCUUUCAGGGGCUCUCCUCACGGAUCGCUCAGUUUCUUCACCAGUGACACCUUGGAGCCAUGGCUGUGACUAUGGCCAUCGUCAGUUGACCAUGCUGAUGAGUGGCGUCAUGCUCACCAUUGCCACCCUGAUUCUAUGUUGCUGGGCGAUGGGGAAACCUCCAGAGACAUCCCAAAAGUUCUGCUGCCUGACCUGCUUCCCCUGCUUCCUGCUGAUGAUUGGGGCCUGGGUGGCCUUUGGCCUGCUGUCGGCGGCGCAGAAUUGCGAGACGCUACGAUCCAUGAACCCCGACAGCUGCGAAUGGAGUGAUGGCAAGUGGUUGAGUCCUUGCUCCGCAGGCGUCAUCGGAGGCACCGGCACCUCCUUGUACUUUGGAACCUUGCGAAGCAUGGGCUACCUCUUUGCAACCAUGGCAGCCAUCACCUUUCCCACCACGGCCUUUUGUUUGCUGGGCACCUUCGCUCCGGACAAUGGGCAGUUCUUAGCCCGCACGACCAUCGGAAAUCUGGGGCUCUAUGUGGACACGCAGGUUCUGGAUCCUUUGCUGCGCAUUGUGCGCGUGAACUGCGAUGGUGCCAGCUUGUCGAACCUCACCGCAGUCUUCGCCUGGUUAGACUUCGCAGCAGUGUGCCUUGGACGCCUCGCCUCGGACGCGGGGGAGACUACGGGGCAAAUGGGACCAGCGUUCAUUCUUUUUGUCUACCUCGUGCGAUUUCGUUUCUAUGACAUCCCCAAGCAGAUCGAAGACGACGACCUGCAGCAGGUCUCGGUCUCCGAUUUCUCGGUGCUCAUCGAAAAGCUGCCAGCCAGGCCCCGGGCGAUCCCGGGCGUAUCAUCCAACUUGUCUCAUGCUCCGAUCCCGAACCAACGCGACUACGAACGUCUUCUCACGGAACACUUGGAGAGUCGCAUGCGGGCAGUGCAGAAUGCCCAUGGGGACAAGAAAAAUCCGCAGGUCUGCGAAGUCACGCUGGUUCGGGACUUCAAGGGCAGGCCCAAGUUGCUGGAUGCCCUACAAGAACAGGCUCGCCUCACCCAACAGAUCGAAGUGCAGAAAGCCUACCACAACGAGAGGAAACUUGCCAAGUUGACCAAUAAGAAGGCCAAGCUGGACCAAAAGAUCGAGAUGCAGCUGCCAGCUGAAGAAGAGCAACCUGUUUGCAAAGCGGAAACCGGCAGGCUCCCGGUCCUUCGCGCGUUUGUGAUCUUGAACCGAGUGGCAGAUGUGGACAGCCUGUUGUACGACUACCGUCGCUCGGCGGCUCCGGGCUAUGAUGCACAUAUGCCUUGCCAAGUUUUCACUCUUCAGAUGUUGCCAGUCGCGGAGGAAGCGGUUUUGCGGCCAUGGCAUCCGCGUGAUCGGAGCUCCGCAGCCCACGGAAGUGCUUUGGGAAAACCAGGACGUGCCCUGGUGGUCCCGACUCCUCAGGCAGAUUUGUAUGCACCUUGCUCAGGGGUUGGUCAGGGGAUGCGCUGGCGGAACAAGAUGAGCAAUUAUGGCUGGGAUUCCUUACUGGUUACUCACCUUCGUUGUCCUGCUGGUGAUAUCAUUGGUCAGCUCCUCAGACUCCUCAAGGAGACAGGUUACAUUGGAAGUGAACUCUGUGACCCCGUGGUGCCAGAGACCACAGGGAAUGCGACCCAGUACAUUUGCUACGUAAAUGUGGCCGCCAACUGGACCAAGCAGUAUGCAGUAGGAGAGGGUGGGGAUAUCCUCAACUGCUGGUGUGAGUCCAUGGGAUAUGCUGCCUUGGUGGAAGACCCUUCGCUCUUCGAGACCUGUUCGUCAUGGCUUCUUGAGUUGGGGAAGUCAAUGGGCUCCUCAGCUGAAGGGAACAACAAUGGUAUCAUGACGGCAGCAUCCACGGUGGUAGUGGUCAUCAACUUGGUCCUGCAAUGGGUCCCUUGGACCCGGACGAUGACUGGAUCGGCCUUGCUGAAGGUGAUUCGUUUGCUUCUCGUCUUUAUCGCGAUGGCCAAGUUUGAGCGGUCCUUGUCGAACAACGAACUCAACUACUCCAUGAUGCAAAAGAUUUUCCUGGCUCAAACCCUCAACUUAGGCUUUGUUCUCUUCACGGUGAAUACUUAUGGUCCACGGGUCUUGAAGAAGCUUUGGAAAGAAGCUGUGCAGCUGUUGGAUGACCUGGGUCAGGAGAGCGACAGAGUGGCCCUGAACUGCACUAUCAGUGCUUGCAGUGCCGCUGCGCGAUGGCAGGAGGCCAUCUCCCUCCUCUCGAAAGACGUGGACUGCGUCUCCUUCGCCGCAGCGCUGGGCGCCUGCGCGCGCCACUGGCAGAGGGCGCUGCGGCUGCUGGACCGGGCGGAGGAAACGGUGGAGCUGGAUGUCGGGCUGUACAAUGCUGCCAUUGCCAUCCUGAAGAAUGAGCAAUGGCAGAUGGCUCUGGCUGUCUUUCAACGACUUCACCUCAAGAAAUUGCAGCCAGACCUCUUGUCCUUCAACACUGCCUUGAGCGCUUGCGCCUCGGCGCGAUGUUGGGAGCAGGUCCUGUCGGUGCUGGAAGUCCAAACCAGGUCUCCGUUUUCCCCCGACGCGGUGGGCCUCAGCACGGCCAUCAGCAGCCUGCCAGCGCACCACUGGGCGACAGCGCUGGAGCUCUUUGAGGCCGUGGAGGCUAAGGACACAGUGCUGUGUGGUAGCGCCAUCAGCGUUCUGUCCAAAGCCAGCCAGUGGCAGAAUGCACUUGCAUUUUUCUUUGAUAUGGGCAGGCUGCAGCUUCGGCCGAACACCUUCACCUGCUCCGCAGCCCUGAGCGCCUGCGACAAGGGCCUGCAGUGGAUACUGGCCUUGGAGCUGUUGAAGCGCUGUCGCCGAGAUCGUUUGGACGGCCGGGUCUACUGCAGCGCGUUGAGCGCCUGCGGCAAGGCUUCGCAGUGGCCAAAGGCCUUGGAACUUUUCCGGCAGAGUCAGCUGGUUGAUCCUUCAAAUCUCUUCACCUUCAAUGCCACCUUGAGUGCGUGCGAGAAGGGCCAUCAGUGGCCAUGGACCAUCCAGCUUCUGGAGGAGGCGAAGCAUCAUCAGCUUCAACCAGAUCUCAUCAGCUUCAACAGCAGCAUCCAAUCAGCUUCGGUCCAUUGGCCCACUGCCUUGCGGUUGUUCAGCGACUUGCAGUUGGCUGCCCACCAGCCAGACACCGUGAGUUUCAAUGCAGUUCUCAAUGCCACGGAUGCACCAGAGAAGGUCAUGGAGGAAAUCUUCCAGGAGGCCCUGGAGAGCAAGGCAUAUCCCUGGCUUUUAGCCAGAGGUUCUGACCUGCUGGAUUUGCACGACCUGUCUCCUGGUGCCGCGCGUUGUGCCAUUUCCUGGUGGUUGGAUCAGAAAGGCUAUUGGAGUGGACGGCACUCACUGGGUUUGGAGCUGAUCUUCGGCCUGGGCCUACUGCGCAAGUCCUGGGCCCAAGGUCCGCCGCUGCGCACCGCAGUGCUACAGCGGCUGCAGCAGCUGUCGGUGCCCUGGGCGGUGGUCGAAAGCAACGCGGGGCGCGUGCGAGUGCUCCCACGCGCGAAAGGCAAACAACGACCACCGCCUCCGCCACGAGUUGACGAUGCAUGUGUUCACCCAACGGAGCGUGACAAGGUCAAGCGGCUGACAAAAGGCAAUCUCAGGCAACACAUUUGCUACAUGGGUGAUGGUGAGUGUAUCCCCAGUAUGCGUGCAUCCGAAGUUGGAUCACAGCUCUCCAGACCAAGACCGCACAUGACCGCACCAAGGUACGUGGUGGUUGGAGCGACCAUUUUGACGAACCUCCUGCUGAACAUGGCAACUCUGCUCAGCCGCGUGAAACAUCAUUCCGAGCUGGUCCAGUACUACACCAAUCCGGAGUUUGAUUUGAAAACAAAGCAUCCUGGCAGCAUCACCGUCCUGGAAGGAGGCUGCAGUGUCAAUAAAUUGUAUGCACAGCUGCUGACCACGGUUUGUGCCACUUGCCUUGGGGGCAGGAUGGACAUCCUUUGGCUUCCCGUGGGUCAUUUUCACAAGAGUGGACGGUAUUGGGCUGACAAAAUCACCCUGCUGUGGUAUUCCAAGCGCCCCCCGCACUACGAUGCCGUGCUGGCCAAAAAUGCUGCGGAGGCAAUGUUGUACGCCGUCGCCCUACAUUGCAUCUUCGCUGUCGUCAUGUGCCUCUUCAUGCAGCCAGUGGUUUGGGUUGGCGUGUUGGAAUUCUCAGAGUGCCCCUUCAAGGGGUUUGGACAGCCUUGUGUCUUUCCAUCCCAGUCUUUGGGAGGAGACCUAGGCAGCUUGAUUGAGAAGAACGCCGGGCAAGCCUCAAGUGCAUUGGGGUCUUUCUGGCCGCGACUGACCCAGGAGAGCACCUGGAUGUUCGUGGCGUUUUUCGCUGUGCUGCUGGCCUUUUGGGUCAUUUGGUGGUUGCAAUGGGCCUUCGCCGGGUUCGGUGCGGUUCUUCAAGCAAUGUGGGCCUUGUGCUGCGCUUCUCACAAAAAGCAGGACGAGGAUGUCAUGGAAGCUGUGAAGACGGGCGCGGAGGACUUGGACGGCACCCUGCAAAGCUUGGGAUCCAAGGCACAGAAAUUUGAUGUGGCGGAGAUGCUCAGCUGGGAGGAAGCCAAGGCUCUCAUUGAAAAGAAUGGACAAACCUCCUCCUACCACUGGUGGGAGCAUCCCGAUCAGAUAGAACUUGCGCACCACAUGAAGGGCAACAUAGGCUAUUUGGAAAAAGACGGAAUAAAGAUGGAAAAGAUCGAAAGGCUCAGAAUCGUCUUGCACGACAUCCUUCUCUACGGUUGCCUCAGCUUUAGUUAUUGGACAAUAUUGGACCAGCGACGGGCUCUGGAACAAGUGAAAUGUGGCCUGCAUGAGGGGCAAACGCCGAAUGAGGGUCACAUGCGGCGCACACCCAACGGUGCUGGCGCGGCGGUGCACGACGCCUUGCGACAUGGCCGUGUGGUUUGA